AUGCACGCAUCUCUCAGUCUCUUCCUCGCGCUCGGCACAACGGCGCGGGCGCAGCUAAACUCGUCAAAUGUUCUGGAUGUAGAUCCCCUGCAGCAGCCAUAUCCGUACUACUUCCCGCCCCAAGAUGCGGCGAAUACACCGGCGCUUUUCCCUAUGCCAACAUGCCACAAUGUCACGCUGGCUGAAGCUUCAAUUGACCAGCUGCAAAGUUACCUGAGCAGCGGCGCAUUGACGUCCGUCCAAUUGCUGGGAUGCUACCUCAGAAGAGCCAGGCAGGUGGACGGGUACAUCAACUCCAUCAUCGAGACAAAUCCCGAUGCGGAGGAUAUUGCUGCUGCGCUGGAUGCGGAGCGCGCGGCGGGGCGGGUGAGGGGGCCGUUGCAUGGGAUUCCAUUCAUUGUGAAGGACAACAUCGCGACGAAGGACCAGAUGGAGACGACGGCGGGCAGCUGGGCGUUGAUGGGCAGCGUGGUGCCGCGGGAUGCGCAUGUUGUUGCGAAGCUGAGGGAAGCGGGGGCUCUGCUUAUGGGGAAAGCGACACUGUCGGAGUGGGCGGAUAUGCGCUCGAAUAACUACUCUGAGGGAUACUCGGGACGAGGCGGUCAGGCGCGUAGUCCCUACAAUCUCACCGUCAACCCAGGAGGAAGCAGUUCGGGCAGUGCGACCGCCGUCGCCGCAAAUGUCGUGGCUUUCUCCCUCGGAACAGAAACAGACGGCAGUGUCAUCAACCCCGCGCAGCGCAACGCCCUGGUAGGCAUCAAGCCCACAGUGGGCCUGACAUCGCGGGCCGGCGUCAUCCCAGAGAGCAUCCACCAAGACACAGUCGGCACAUUCGGGCGCAGCGUACGCGACGCCGCCUACGCCUUCGACGCCAUCUUCGGCGUCGACGCGCGCGACAACUACACGCUCGCGCAGCAAAACAACACACCCGCGGGCGGCUACAUGCAGUUCCUGACCGACAAAUCCGCGCUGAAAAACGCCACCUUCGGCAUCCCAUGGAACAGCUUCUGGGUCUACGCCGACGCGGAGCAGCAAGCGCAACUCCUCUCCCUCAUCGCUGUGAUAGAAUCCGCAGGCGCAAAGGUCAUCAACAACACUGAGCUGCCCAACUACGCCACCAUCGUCUCACCCGAUGGCUGGAACUGGGACUACGGCACCACACGCGGAUACGCCAACGAAUCAGAGUACACAGUCGUGAAAGUCGACUUCUACAACAACAUCAAAACCUACCUCUCGGAGCUAGAAAACACCAACAUCCGCAGCCUAGAAGACAUCGUAGCAUACAACUACGCGAACGACGGCAGCGAGGGCGGGAACCCCUGGCCCCUGGGCACACCAGCGUUCUACUCCGGCCAGGACGGUUUCCUCGCCAGUCUGGCGUCGAAGGGCAGGAUGGACGAGACGUACUACCAAGCGCUGUCUUUCAUCCACCGCAGCACGCGCGAAGACGGCAUCGACGCCGCGCUCGCGAAUAAUGGGUCGAGACUGGAUGGUCUGCUUGUGCCGCCCGACGUGGGACAGAGUGGGCAGAUUGCUGCGCAGGCGGGGUAUCCGAUGGUUACGCUGCCCGUGGGCGUGCAUGCUAGUACUGGGAUGCCGUUUGGACUUGCGCUUAUGGGGACGGCGUGGAGUGAGGGCGAGUUGUUGAGGUGGGCUAGUGCGAUUGAGGAUUUGCAGGGUGGUGUGGAGGGGGAGGGGGCGGGGGGGAGGUCGGAUCCGAGUUGGUAUGGGUAUUUGGAGAGGAAUGUGCCGGUGCGGAAUCUGUGA